AUGCUGAAACUGUGUUAUAAAGACGUCACAUCACACACCUUUGAGUAUUUAUCCAACUCUCUCCUCGCUCCUUACUUGCUUCCCAUACUCAGCAUGCUGGACAGCAGUAAUCAGCCUCACUGGAGCACUGAGCUCGUAGGAGAACAGCUACAGCAGAAAGUCUCUCAGUUGCAGGACCAGCUGGACACUGAGCUGGAGGAGAAGAGGAAAGUCUUACUUCAGCUGUCCAGAGAGAAAGCUCAAAACAAGGAUCUGCAGCUUGAAGUCACCAAUCUGCUUCAGAAGCAUAAGCAGGAAGUAGAGAUCCUCCAAAAUCAAGAGAUAAUUUCCCAGUCUCUUGACAGGCAAUCUGAACCAGCCACUCACCCAGCUCUAUUCCAAGAGACCACUCCGACAGAGCCCUGUGAACCAAAAAACCAAGAAGAAAAGAAACUGUCCCAGAUGCUAAGUGAGUUGCAAGUGUCGCACGUGGAGACCACGCUGGAACUAGAAAAGACCAGAGACAUGCUCCUUCUGCAGCGCAAAAUCAACGUGUGCUAUCAGGAGGAACUGGAGGCGAUGAUGACAAAAGCCGAUAAUGAAAGUAAAGAUCACAAAGAAAAACUGGAGCGGUUGAAUCAACUGCUAGACCUCAAGAACAAUCGUAUCAAUCAGCUGGAAGGUAUUUUGAGAAGCCAUGGCCUUCCGCUAUCCGAACAGCUCAAAGAUGUGGCUUAUGGCACCCGACAGUUGUCCUUAUGUCUGGAAACCCUGCCAGCUCAUGGAGAUGAGGGGAAAGUGGACAUUUCUCUGCUGCAUCAGAGUGAAAAUCUUUUUGAACUACACAUCCACCAGGCCUUCCUGACAUCUGCUGCCCUGGCUCAGGCUGGAGACACUCAACCUACCACUUUCUGCACCUAUUCCUUCUAUGAUUUUGAAACCCACUGUACCCCACUCGCUGUGGGGCCACAGCCCCUCUAUGACUUCACCUCCCAGUACGUGGUGGAAAUAGAUUCCCUUUUUUUGAACUACCUUCACGGGGCUUCAGCCCAGCUUGAUCUACACCAGGCUGUGGCCAGUGAGCACCACACCCUUGCAGCUGGAUGGAUUUGCUUUGAGAGGGUGCUGGAGACUGUGGAGAAAGUCCGUGGCUCUACCACACUUACUGGAGCUGGUGGAGAAGACUUCGGGGUGCUAGAAUACUGGAUGAGGCUGCGCUUCCCCAUAGGAUCCAGCCUACAAGCAGGCAAUAAGCGAAAGAAAGCUCAGGCCUACCUGUCAGCCAGUGUGCUUGGAGCCUGGGAGGCGCGGGAGGAUAAGUCCAGAUCGGAUACUUGGAAGCAUCAGAAUGAGCUGCGGGUGGAAAUCAUCAGAUGCUACGGCCUCCGGAGUCGACGGCUGGGAACCCAGCCCAGUCCAUACGUCAUGUACCGCUUCUUCACCUUCUCUGACCACGACACUGCCAUCAUUCCAGCCAGUAACAAUCCCUGCUUUAGAGACCAGGCUCGAUUUCCAGUGCUUGUGACCUCUGACCUGGAUAAAUAUCUGAGGCGGGAGGCCCUGUCUGUGUACGUUUUUGAUGAUGAAGACUCAGAGGCUGGCUCGUACCUUGGCCGAGUCCAAGUGCCCUUGCUUCCCCUUGCACAAAACAAAUCCAUUAAAGGUGAUUUUAACCUCACUGACCCUGCGGGGAACCCCAAUGGAUUUGUUGAGGCGAAACUGGAUUGGAAGUCUUUCUACCUACCCCCAGAGAGCUUCCUGAAACCAGAAGCUCAGCCUGAGGAGAAGGACACCAAGGACAGUUUAGAGAUUUCAUCUGAAGAGGAAAAGGCUUCCUUUUCUCCCCAGGACCAGAUGGCAUUUGCUGAGAUUCCCAUUGAAGCUGGCCAGUAUCAAGCUAAGCGAAAACCUCCACAGGUAGGAGAAAGAAAGGAAAGGGAACACCAGGUUGCAAGCUACUCGAGAAGAAAACAUGGCAAAAGAACAGGCAUCCAAGGGAAGAACAGAAUGGAAUAUCUUAGUCGUAACAUCUUAACCGGAAAUACACUACAACAGGUGAGCUACACUGAAUGGAAGUUCUCAGGGCUUAAGAGCUUCAGUGAUGACAGUUUAAAAAAUCAGCAAGCGGAAGAGGAAAUGACAUCAUCGCACUCAGCAGUGAUGCAGAAAGAAGCCCUAAAUCCUGUAAAUGAUAAAGAAUCCUGUGAACAGGCUUCUGAAGUCAGUGAAGCCCAAACUACAGAUAGUGAUGACGUAGUGACAGCGGCGUGUCUGAAAUGUCCUAAGGCGGUUUCGGAGAAGAUGUGCAUUGAAAUUGUCUCCCUGGCCUUCUACCCAGAGGCUGAAGUGAUGUGUGAUGAGAAUGUCAAGCAGGUGUAUGUAGAGUACAAGUUCUAUGAUGUACCCUUGUCAGAGACGGAGACCCCAGUGUCCCUGAGGAAACCAAGGGCGGGAGAAGAGAUCCACUUCCACUUCAGCAAAGUGAUAGACCUGGACCCACUGGAACAAAAAGGCCGAAGGCAGUUUCUGUUUGCCAUGCUGAACAGACAAGAUCCUGAGCAAGGACGUUUAAAGUUUACAGUGGUAAGUGAUCCUAUGGACGACGAAAAUAAAGAAUGCCAAGAAGUAGGAUACGCAUUUCUGGAACUGUGGCAGCUCAUGGAAUCGGGAGGAGAUGAUGUAGAGCAAGAGCUAGACAUUGUCAGCCCUGAAGAUCAGGCCACCCAAAUAGGAAGGCUGAAGGUGUCCCUUCAAGCUGCUGCCGCCCUCCAUGCUGUUUACAAGGAGAUGACAGAAGAUACGUUUUCUUGA